CUAUAAAACUUUAGAAACUUAGCAUAUAUUAUGAUAUAUACAUUAUGUUUGUGUUGUCUCAUGUUGUUUCUUGCAUAUAAAAUCGAAAUUCAUAAUUGUGAUUCACAAUAAACAAACACAUGAAAUAUAUACAAUGGAACGUUAUUAAAAUUGAGAAGAAUGAGAUAAAGGAUUAAUAGGAACACUUAGAAAUUCGUGUUUCCAAAACUGACCUUUCUUUUCUAAAUCGACAUCAUUUUUAAAUGUCAAUCAUGGAAAGUAAAAGUUGUAACAAUUUUGUAAGUUAUGUGGGAUUUGAAGAACUUGAAAUGCAGCAAAUAGAAUCUAGUCAGCGUAAUUCAUUGAUUGAAAAUAAUUUAAAACUUUUACGAGGAGAAGCUCUUGUUGCUAAAGCACAAAAUGUUUUAAUGUUUUCACCAGUUGGUGAUUUAAAACAAGGAACUUCCGGCGUACUUUCUAUUACUAAUUUUAAGCUCUCUUUUAUUACAACCGAUGAUCCUAAUGGAGAGGAUAAUUAUCAUCAACAAAAUCAUUUGUAUGGGUAUACAGAUACAUGCUUGACAAAUAUCGACGAAAUUUACUUAAUAGCUGGUGAUAAAAAGAAAAAACUUCUUCCAGGAAGUAUAGUACCGUCCAAAGUAAAAGCGAUAUUUAUUACUUGUAAGAAUUUGAGAACAUGGUCAUUUUCGUUUAAAUUUUCACCUCUCGGUGAUGGAAAAAAUAUUUUAAAUGCCUUAUUACAUCAUGCAUUUCCUAGUAGACAUCAUUUGUUGUUUGCAUACGAUUACACUGAACCAUAUUAUAGUAGUCUUGAUAAAGGUGUAAGAUUAUUUAGUAAUAUAUCCGAUUGGCAGAAUGAAUUUGAACGUAUAUUAAUUAGCGAGAAAGCAAGUAAAGGAUGGAGAUUAUCAACAGUUAAUAAAAAAUAUCAGUUGUGUUCCAGUUUACCACAAUAUAUCAUCGUACCAGCAUCUUUAACAAAUAGUCAGCUAACAGACGCUGCAAAAUGUUUUCAAGGCAAUCGAUUACCAGUUUGGGCAUGGUCUAAUCAACAUGGUGCAGCAUUAGUUAAAAUGCCUGAAUUAUUACCAACAAUUAACGAAAGGAUACAGGAAAACAUUAUGUUAGAAAAUGUUAGGAAAAGUCAUCCUUGUAAAAUGCCACCCCUUUUAAUCGAUCUAAGUAAAGAUAUUAGUGUUAAAUCAAUAGCUGUAAGUUUCUCCAAAUUUUCCAGUUUGUGUUCUCCAGAAAAUAUUAGACAACUUUGGAUACAAGAUAAUAAUUUCUAUUCGUUAUUGGAAAGUACAAAAUGGCUUAAGUAUGUAUCAUACUGUCUAGAAAAAACAAUUGUAGCUUGUAAAAGUCUUAAGUCAGGAUUUUCGGUAGUUUUACAAGAAGGAGAAGCUAGAGAUUUAUGUUGCGUUGUGUCAAGUUUAAUACAAUUAUUGUUUGAUCCAUAUUUUCAAACGAUCGUUGGAUUUCAAUCUCUGAUACAAAAAGAAUGGGUCGCCAGUGGACAUCCCUUUUGUGAUCGUUUAGGACAUAUGAUGAAACCAAACACUGAAAAAUCUCCAUUAUUUCUACUUUUUCUUGACUGCGUUUGGCAACUUUGUCAACAAUUCCCAGCAGAAUUUGAAUUUACUGAAACAUAUUUGACAACUUUAUGGGAUGCAGCUCACGUAUCUAUAUUUGACACUUUCAUUUUUAAUUGUGAAAAAGAUCGUAUGACGGCAGCUACGGAUCCAAAUACACCGCUUAUAUUACGUAGUGUUUGGGAUUGGAGAGAACAAUUUAAUGAUCAAGAUAUCUUAUUAUUCUCUAAUCCUUUAUUUAACGCUUAUGAAAAAACAUUAACGGAAAGGAUGACCGUUAAACCAUUGUACUGUAUCUCGAAUUUAGAACUUUGGAGCCAAUGUUAUUUCCGUUGGAUACCCCCGCUUGUUAUUCACAAUGGUGGUAGAAGUCACAUAGAUCUUUAUACUAGAUUACUUCAAAAUGAUAUAAAUCAAUUAAGAUUAAAAUUAGAUAGGAGUUGUGAAUCGCCAAUUGAUAAAUUAAGUAGUUAUUUACUUCAAAUGAAUAUCGAUAGCUUUUAUCCAUUUAGUAGUAAAAGUUCUGGGAAUACCGUUAGUACCCCUAUCAUAAAUAGUACAAUACUUGCAACUGAAAGUUUAUUGGAUGCUCAAUCCCUGAUAACUGUACCUGAUUGACUGUUUUUAAUGUAUAUAUAUACAUAUAUACCUUAACUUAGGUAUAAAUUAGUUUUACAGAUUUAUACCGUACCUUUUAUAGUCAAUUGUACAGUGUCUUGUUAAAAAAAGAUAUGUUAUUAAAUAUAUUA